AUGUCUUCUCCUGCCUGCUCUGCAUCCAGCUUGGGAUGUCCCUCUUUCUUUUGUUUGCUGACACAGAAGCUGUAUACAAGGCGUUGGAGCUCCUCUGCACCCCAAACAUCUGGAGGAUUUAUGUUCUCAUUAUUCUGGUGGUCUCGUUUUGUGUCUCGUUCUUUGUGGAGGAUGCCAUCUUACAAAACUACAGACUCUGGCUGUGGAUCAAGGCCCUGUUUCGGUUCCAUUCGUCCAGCGAGUACCGGAAACUUCAGAGGCAGUUGGAGGGAGAUGCGUCUUGGCCUCCCAUGAACCAGAGCGAUUUUGCAGCAGACAGAAAAAGCGAGGCCUACAUCAACCCCAUCUACGAAAACAGCGAUGAGAACUAGCUGGCCAGCUGCAGCCACUGAAGAGGCAGCUGGUGGAUGAGGACUUGCUAACUUAUCUGUUGUUAUGUGCCUCGAUGUCAUUCCAGACUUAUGGCAACUCUAAGGCAAUGCUGUCAUGGAGUUUUCCGGGGCUGAGUGUGUAACUUGCCCAAAGUCACCCAGUGGGUUUUAUGGCCAAGUGAGGAAUCGAACCUUAGUCUCCAGAGUCGUACUCCAAAGCUCAUACCAUGACACCAUGUUGGUUCUAACUUAUCCGUGCA